AUGUCAGGUCGAGGUAAAGGAGGCAAAGGUCUUGGCAAGGGUGGCGCUAAGCGCCAUCGUAAAGUUCUCCGGGACAAUAUUCAAGGCAUUACUAAACCCGCCAUCAGGCGCCUUGCUCGACGAGGGGGCGUGAAACGAAUUUCUGGCCUCAUCUACGAAGAGACUCGUGGAGUGCUCAAGGUGUUCCUCGAGAACGUCAUCCGCGAUGCUGUCACGUAUACAGAGCACGCUAAGCGCAAGACUGUUACUGCCAUGGACGUAGUCUACGCACUCAAGCGCCAGGGCCGUACCCUUUAUGGCUUCGGCGGCUAG